AAAAUCUCUAAUAAGAGGUGAAGGGGAAACAGGAUAGUAACCGAGGUGGAGCUGUGUGAGUCUUACAUUUUCAAGGCGGCACUUUUCCCUCACACUCUGCCAUUAUCCUCUCUUAAGUCUCUCUUUCUCAUUUCCUCUCCAUUCCCACUCCCAUCUUCCUUCCCAAACUCACUUUACCUACACUAAUGGCUUCUUCGGUGAUUGGAGUUUCCUCUAUCCUCCAUACUCCUUCUAUAGAACUUUCAUCUAGGAGGCCCCACUCAGCAAAUCCCACUUUAUCCUCUUCUUCUUUUUCCCUGCACUCGUGUGAGAAGUCUCACUUCAGUUCUUUGGUGGCCAGUGGCGGAGGUGGAGGUGGAGGAGGGAGACCCCCUUUGGUUCUUCAGAGUAGUGCCCACUAUAAACAUGGGCUUUCUUUUGUUCCUUCUGCUAUUGCUACUUCCAAUUCUAUUCUCAGUGAAGAGGCCUUCAAAGGCCUCAGUGGCGGCCUCCCUGAUUUUGAUGAUGAUGAUGAUGAUGAUGAUGUUGGAAGCAGAGACUAUGAGUCUGAAACUGAGACCGCCGGUGGUGAGAGUCUUCCUGAUGAAGAUGAACUUGCCAUUUCUAAGUUGGGUUUGCCCCAGAGACUUGUUGACUCUCUUGAGAAACGUGGAAUUACUCAUCUUUUCCCCAUUCAGAGGGCUGUUCUAAUUCCGGCACUAGAAGGUAGAGAUCUCAUAGCUCGGGCAAAGACCGGGACUGGAAAGACUUUAGCCUUUGGUAUCCCAAUAAUUAAACGCCUUACUGAAGAUACUACACAAACAAGUCCACAGAGACGAACUGGUCGGCUUCCCAGAGUUUUGGUCCUAGCACCAACUCGGGAAUUAGCAAAGCAAGUGGAGAAAGAAAUUAAUGAGACUGCACAUUACUUGAAUACUGUUUGUGUUUAUGGAGGGGUUUCAUAUAUCACACAGCGAAAUGCUCUUUCUCGUGGGGUUGAUGUUGUGGUUGGAACUCCAGGUCGAAUCAUUGAUUUGAUCAACAGCAAUAGCCUUAAAUUGGGAGAAGUUGAGUAUUUGGUCCUUGAUGAAGCUGAUCAGAUGCUUUCAUUUGGUUUUGAGGAAGAUGUGGAAGUAAUUUUAGAAAAUCUCCCAUCAAAACGACAAAGCAUGCUUUUCUCUGCAACCAUGCCUACUUGGGUGAAAAAGUUGGCGAGGAAAUAUUUGGACAACCCUCUUCAAAUUGAUUUGGUUGGUGACCAAGAGGAAAAGUUGGCAGAAGGAAUCAAACUCUAUGCCAUAUCAACCACUGCGACAUCAAAGCGGAGCAUUCUUAGUGAUCUCGUGACAGUUUAUGCAAAGGGUGGAAAGACUAUUAUCUUUACUCAGACUAAACGAGAUGCUGAUGAAGUCUCAAUGGCAUUAACAAAUAGUAUAGCUUCUGAGGCAUUGCAUGGUGAUAUAUCUCAGCAUCAGAGAGAGAGAACUUUAAAUGGUUUCCGGCAAGGAAAAUUUACAGUGCUUGUUGCCACAGAUGUUGCUUCUCGUGGGCUUGAUAUUCCAAAUGUUGAUUUGGUUAUCCAUUAUGAACUUCCCAAUGAUCCCGAAACUUUUGUGCAUCGAUCUGGUCGUACUGGACGUGCAGGCAAGGAAGGUACUGCCAUUCUGAUGUUCACUGGCAGUCAAAGGAGGACAGUUAGAUCCCUUGAGCGUGAUGUGGGGUGCAAGUUUGAGUUUGUUAGUCCACCAGCAACUGAGCAGGUUUUGGAGUCAUCAGCUGAGCAAGUGCUCGCUGCUCUAAAUGGAGUGCACCCUGAGUCUGUUGAAUUUUUCACCCCAACUGCCCAGAGAUUGAUUGAAGAACAAGGCACAAGUGCUCUUGCUGCUGCACUUGCACAUUUGAGUGGAUUUUCCCAACCUCCUUCAUCUCGGUCUCUUAUUAACCAUGAGCAGGGAUGGAUAACAUUGCAGUUGACAAGGGAUCCAAGUUAUUCUAGAGGGUACUUGUCUGUUAGAUCUGUCACUGGUUUUCUUAAUGAUGUUUAUACUGCUGCUGCUGAUGAAGUUGGAAAAAUAUAUUUGAUUGCUGAUGAAAAGGUUCAAGGGGCAGUUUUUGAUCUUCCAGAGGAGAUUGCUAAAGAGUUAUUGAAUAAGCAAUUGCCACCUGGAAAUAAUAUUUCUAAAAUCACAAAGUUGCCUUCAUUACAAGAUGAUGGGCCUCCUAGUGAUUACUAUGGCAGGUUUUCUAGCAGGGAUCGAGGUGCUAGAGGAGGCAGUAGGGGAGGCCAGAGAGGUUUUAGAGCUUCCCGGGGUUGGGGCGGUGGUCGAGAUUUUUCUGAUGAUGCUGAAGAUACAUAUAGGCGUGGACAACAUGGUCUUCGAAGCUAUUCAAGAAGCAGGAGCAGCGAUGAUUGGCUGAUUAGUGGUAGAAGAUCAAGUAGGCCGUCACCACGGGACAGAAGCUUUGGAGGUGCUUGUUUUAACUGUGGGCAGCCUGGGCACAGAGCAUCAGAUUGUCCUAACCGGGGAGCCUUUUAGUUCUGAUCCUGUAAAAAUCAGGUUUGUCAGCAAACAGAACAAGUUACAGGUUGCUGGUGGGAGUUCCUGUUCAGCUCUUUUGUUUGCAACCAUAGGCCCUGUAAUUUUCCCAGGGAAGGAGUUGGGGGAACCGAGUUUUAAUCUCUACCCUUCUCUCCCUCCCUCUCCCAACCACUGCUGUCUGAAAGGAUAAUCCAUUGUAAUGGGAUUUUAUUUAGGCAGUGACAUUGUUAAUCUUUGAUUCUGUUUAGUUGUACGUUUUCUUUUGCUCCCUCUCACUCAUAUUUUGCAAGGGAGAUUCAAACCACAUACCUCUUGUUAUGUAAUUAUUUGGUUAGAAUUAACUGAAAAGUGAAGUGUUAGAAAGUUAAAAA